AUGAACUCACUACCUGCCGACCUGACCGGUCAGCACCCAUUCUACUACCAUCCCGAUCAGAUGGGAGGCUGGCCACGACAGGAGGUCCUGACAGCCAUGCUUGACACAGGCAUCGGCUAUGAUAUCAUCAUCAAGUGCGGAGGUCGAAAGUGGUACCUGCACAAAGAUGUGCUGAAAGCCGGAUCCCGGUGGUUCAAGGCCGCUUUCGAGGGUGAUUUCGCUGAGUCACGAAAGCGCAAGAUAACCCUCCACGAAGUUGACCCGGUGCAGUUUGACUGGGUCGUAAAGUAUCUCUAUGGCACUGAAGCCGAGACCCUCUUCAACUUGAUCGGCAUCCGGGUGCCCCACAGCAUCGUCCUCCUGCACGACAUCGCAGAUUACUUUGCUGUGGGAACUCUCGUCAGCUACGCCGCGGAGAAGCUGGGCCGGCACUUACCCAUGUACAUAAUACCGGAGUUCUGGGAGGCGGUGUCCUCAAAUCACCCCAUCAUGCGGGAGUUUAUCGGGAGCUUGAAGCUCCCGACAUGGUACCGGGACAGCCUCUUCAGGGCCAUUGACAUUGUCUUCCGCGAGGACCGUCCUGCACAUAGGAUGCAGAAUUACUUUCUGUACCUGUUCUCCAAAUACGGAGACUUGCUGGUUCUCGACAAAGACACCAAGGCGAAAAUUGAGGCGCGUCCUCAUUUUGCCAGAAAGGUCUUUGGCGAGUCGCCUAAGCAAGAGGGGGAGCGCCCAAGGCAUUACCUCUCCUCUUCAGGUGGCAAGCCGAGACUGGUCUGUCCGGAGUGGGACUAG